CUAUCAUGGGAGGAUCGUCAUCGGUCUUUGCUGAAGACAUUUUUGAAAGACUAUAUAUAUAUUCCCCCUCGUUAUUUCCGAAAUCAAAGAAUCCUAAAACAUUGAUUCAGAGGCAAGAAAAUGGGUAGCCGAUUGUGUUUCAAUAUUGGGUUCUUGAUUGUUGCAUCGGUGGGUUUGCUUCACGUAGGUGCAUAUGCAGCUAAUACUUACACAGUUGGAGGUGAUUUGGGAUGGAUUAUUCCUCCGAACAGCUCUUACUAUGAGGAAUGGACCAGCCAGAGCACAUUUCAGAUAGGAGACUCCUUCGUAUUCAACUGGACAACCGGAACACAUACCGCAACUGAAGUAAGUACCAAGGAGGAGUACGAUAAUUGCACAAAGAUGGGAUUAAUAUUGAAAGAUGCAGGAGUUAAAGUCACUUUCAAAGAUAAUGACACGCACUACUUCCUCUGCUCUGAAGGAACACACUGUGAGCAAGGCCAGAAGAUGAUAAUCAAAAUUGGAGAUGGCAUACCACCAAGUUUUGCAGCUCCAUCUCUUACCGCGGCCGCCGCCUUAUCUGCUCUUUUCUUCUCCACCUUAGCCAUCUUCUUCUUAAACUAAAUCUGAAGACACCCCCCGUCAUGCAAGUAACCUUUUCUUAUCCAGUAGCUCUAGAAUUGGGUGAGCCCUAGAUAGCUUGUUGGUAAUAAUCGACGUGGGGAUAUUUAAAUUGUUUAUGACAGUGUACCGAUUACAUUUGUUCGUUUUAAUAAAGCUGUCUUUGCAA